AUUGUGUAGGAGAUUGGGAACACUGGAAUAAGAAACUUCAGCCAUAUUAUUAUCCAACUGACAGUAUUCCAGAAUAUUCAUCCAUUUUGGUUCCAAAUGUUGACAAUAUUAGAACAAAUUUUUUGAUAGACACCAUUGCAAAACAACAGAAAGCCGUUUUGCUCACAGGAGAGCAGGGAACAGCCAAAACUGUAAUGGUUAAGGCCUAUUUGAAAAAAUAUGAUCCUGAAGUACAGUUAUCCAAAAGUCUAAACUUUUCAUCUGCCACAGAACCCAUAAUGUUUCAGAGAACGAUGGAAAGCUACGUGGAUAAGCGAAUGGGAAGCACAUAUGGGCCACCAGGAGGCAGAAAAAUGACAGUAUUUAUUGAUGAUAUUAAUAUGCCUCUGAUUAAUGAAUGGGGAGAUCAGAUAACUAACGAGAUUGUGCGACAAAUGAUGGAAAUGGAAGGAAUGUAUAGCUUGGAUAAGCCUGGAGACUUCACUACUAUUGUUGAUGUGCAGAUCAUAGCAGCAAUGAUCCACCCUGGAGGUGGUCGAAAUGAUAUUCCCCAACGUUUAAAAAGACAGUUUACUGUGUUUAAUUGCACAUUGCCUUCAAAUGCUUCAAUAGACAAAAUUUUUG